GAAGACUCUCGCACAACUCAUCUGAUCUACACAACUUCACCAGGUUGGAGAAAUGGCCUCAGGUAACAUGAGCGUUGCUGCCCUGGGUCGACCUUUCACCCUGGGAAUGCUCUAUGAUGCUCGGACAGAUAAUCUGAUCCCAGGUUUGACAUUGUGGGAUGAUAAAACUCUACAAGGCAAGAUAAGUGAAAGCUCGCAGCGAACCAGUAAGUCUCAAAUUUCAACAUCUGACUCCACUGAAUCCAAGUGCAAUCUGCUGGAUGUUGAGGUUUCUCUGAAGGCCAGUGUCCUGGGUGGCCUGAUUGAAUUUGGAGGAUCUGCCAAGUAUCUGAAUGAUCAGAAGAAAUUCUACAAUCAGAGCAGAGUGACGUGUCAGUACAAAACUACCACCAACUUCAAGCAGUUAAUGAUUGAGCAACUAACCAUGGACCCCCAACAUAUGGAUGUCAUUAAGAAGAGCUCAGCAACACAUGUAGUCACAGGCAUCCUUUAUGGGGCAAAUGCUUUCUUUGUGUUUGACAGUGAGAAGGUAGAGUCCAGCAGCGUUCAGGACAUCCAGGUCAGCAUGCACGCUGCGGUAAAUUUGUUAUUCGUUAAAGGUGAGGCGAAAACUAAGGUACAGCUGACUGAAGAACAAAAAACCCUGACUAAGAAUUUAUCCUGCACAUUCUAUGGAGACUAUAUUCUUGAUAGAAACCCUGCAACAUUUGAAGAUGCAGUGAAGGCCUACGAACAACUCCCAAAUCUACUGGGAGAAAAAGGAGAGAAGGCUGUUCCAGUGAAGGUCUGGCUGAUGCCGCUGAAGAAUUUCCACUUCGAAGGUGCUGAGCUGAUGAGAGGGAUCAAGGACCAUCUAGUGAGUAAGGCGGAGUAUGUUCUAGACGAUUUAAAGGAAAAAGAAAUAAGAUGCAAUGAUUCUCUGGAAGAGAAAGUGGUGGGGCAGUUUCCUGUGAUUAAAGAAGAGUUGAGCACUUUCCAAAAAUUGUGUGGGAAUUAUGAAUCUAACCUCAAGCAGGCUUUGGCAGAUAAACUUCCCUCCAUCCGUGAAGGAAAAGAAGAUGAGAGCUCAUUGAACCAACUCUUUGAAGACAGAGACAAGUCACCAUUCAGUCAGGAAAAACUAACCAAGUGGCUGGAUCGUAAAGAGAGAGAAAUCAACAUCAUCAGAUCCUGUGUAAAUACCAUGGAGGGAACAAAGAUCGUCCCAAAUCAGUCAGAGCUGGACAGACAGGUUCUUGAUCCAGGUGUAGAAGAUGUUCUGUGCUUUGUUUUCACUUCAGUGGAAAGGGGUGAUACUGACCUUGAUGUGAUGGCCGACUACUUGCACUUCCCUAAAUUAGGAAGUACCAAUGAAGAUCCAUGGUACUACUCAGCUGAUGUUUUCACCAAAAUGAGAGAAAAAGCCAAAGCUUUCCAUCAUUUUGCCAAAGCACAGAAGAACAACAGUCGAUUCCGUUUCCUCAUAGCAGCCAUUGCUAACAAGAACUACACAGGAGCAACCGUCUACCAUUACAAGAACGGCAUUCUGGUCACUGAAGAUUUUUCAAAGCCUGUCCUCCCUCCUGUGGAGAACAUCACAAACAGAAGAGAUCUGAUCUGGUAUGCCUGUGAUCUCAACCUGGACCCAAACACUGCUAACUACAACCUCAUUCUGUCUGAGGGAAACAAGAAGGCAACACAUGGAGCACGGCAGUCAUAUCCUGAUCACCCAGAGAGGUUUACACAAAUACACCAGGUGUUGUGCAAAGAGAGCUUAUCUGGGAAACAUUACUGGGAGGUAGAGUGGAGACAGAAUUCCGGCAAUAAUUGUGUUGUUAAUAUUGCUGUUGCAUACAGGGGAAUUGAAAGAAAAUCAGGUAAUAUAAACAGCCAGUUUGGACGUAAUACCAAAUCGUGGGCUUUCCAAAAUGUCAGUCCCACACUUAAAGCAUUGGAAAAUAAUGUCGAUGUGUGGAAAGGUCCUUUCCCCUCUGAUGGCUGUAACAGAGUUGGGGUGUAUCUGGACUGGCCUGCUGGCACUCUGUCCUUCUACAGAGUCUCCUCUAACACACUGAGGCACCUCUACACCUUUCACACCACAUUCACUGAGCCUGUUUACCCGGGAUUCUUGGUCUAUAUUCACCAAAACGAUGCGUACCUGUGUCCACUUGAAUAGGAGAAAUGACAAAUACUUCUCAUAUUCUUGGU